AGUGUUUGGAUCAAAUGAACUAUUAAUAAAUUAUUUAUCAAAUUGGAUCAUAUAUUUUUUUGGAUAAAUUCCUGAAUUUCUUAAUACUAUAUUUGAAGGAAAUUAAGUGUUGUUGAUACAAUCAUAGUUAAGAUAUAUACAAACUUGUCAUAUUGACGUCAAUUACUAGAAGGAGCUCGAGCUAUGUUCAAUAUUUUUUUCGAGCCAAGCCUAAAUUAGGUAAAAGUUCUCUGUUGAACUGAGUCGAUUAGCAGCACUGUCUAUCGUAACCUUCAUUCCAUCGAUCUCUAGGCGAGAUUCGAGGUUCAUAUUGUACACAUCAGCAUCAUGAUCAAUCGACAAUAAGAUAGAGAUUUAGGAUCAUAUUGUGCAGCAGAUAGAAUAAAAUCAUAUUCUGGUGGUGGAUCAUUGUCACCUACUUGUCCACCCAACAAUAAUCCAAACAACAAUCCCGACAAUUGAUGCACAUGGAUGAUGGAACCAUAUACAAAUAAUUGGGUUAAAUAUUAAUUAAUUGUUUAAUUAAGGUCACUACCUAGCUACAACUACAACAAGACAGCAAUCUUGGAAAUGCAAGUUCGGUGUAUCGAUCGGCCCGGCCGGUUUAUACGAUCGGAUCAACAGAGAAAAUCAUCGAUCGCUUCCAAUGGCUCCGCCGCAAAAUUGGUCCGCCCUGACCCUCCUCCUUCCAUUCUUCACCACACUAAUCAGCAUAAUACUAAUCACCGCCAUCGUCGUGAGAGUGAUAUCCUCCUCCAUCCGGCGAACCAGACCGGUCCAACCGGCUGCCACCGCCCCGCCACCACCAGGCCCGCCGAAGCUCCCGGUCAUCGGAAACAUCCACCAGCUGAUCCGCCAUCCGCUCGUCCACCGCCGCCUGAGGGACCUAGCCCAGAGACACGGCCCGCACGUGAUGGGCCUCCGGCUCGGCGAGGUCCUCCACGUGGUGAUCUCGAGCGCGGAGGCCGCCAGAGAGGUCAUGAAGACCCACGACCUCGUCUUCGCCACCAGGCCUCACAUCCUGAUGGCGGAGAUUGUGAUGUACGGCGUCAGGGACGUCGCCCUGGCACCGUACGGGGAUCACUGGCGGCAGCUCCGGAAGAUCUGCGUCAUGGAGCUGCUGAGCGCCAGGCGAGUCCAGUCAUUCCGGCCCGUCAGGGAGGCCGAGGUGUCGAGGCUCGUUGCCGGCGUUUCCUCCGCCGCCGCCGCCUCCGCCGGCGUCAACGUCAACCUGGCCGUGGCGUCGGCGACGAGCGGGUUGACUUUUAAGACGGCGUUUGGGAUGGCGAAGGAGCUCACGGAGGAGACGUUUUCCGGCCUGGUGGGUGAUGUUUCCGACGCUCUGUCGGGAUUCAGGAUAUCGGAGGUGUUCCCAUCGUUGACUUUCCUUCCGGCGCUGACCGGGUUCAGAGCUCAGCUCACCAGGUUGCAUCAUGCGGCUGAUGCGUUGCUUGAAGAGAUCCUUUGUGAACAUAAAGACAGAAGAAGAAGACAAGGUGGCGGCGGCGGUGCCGUUGAUGGCCGUCAACCUGAGGAUCUAGUCGAUAUCCUUUUAGAUCUUCAGGAAGAAGGUGACCAAGAAUCCUUGACCGAUGAAGCAAUCAAAGCAGUAGUUUUGGAUAUGUUCGUAGGCGGUACGGAAACCACAACUACCGCAGUGGAGUGGACCAUGUCGGAAAUGAUGAAAAAUCCGAGCAUAAUGAAAAAGGCACAAGAGGAGGUGAGACGCUUGUCCAGAGGGAAAGCAAUCGUCGAGGAAGAAAGCCUCGAUGAAUUGAAGUACUUGGAAGCCGUCAUCCAGGAGAGUUUGAGAUUGCACCCGCCGCUUCCUUUGCUUAUUCCGAGAGAAAGCCUAGAGGCGGUUGAGGUCGGUGGGUAUGAGAUCCCCGCCAUAACAAAAGUUAUUGUUAAUGCUUGGGCAAUUGCACGAGACUUCCGAUACUGGACGGAACCCGAAAAAUUCAAUCCCGACAGGUUUCUCGACAACGACAGCGCCAAUGACAGGCGACUGAAUUUCGAAUUCAUUCCGUUUGGCGCCGGAAGGAGGAACUGUCCAGGAAUGUUCUUCGCGAUGGCUCUCGUGAAACUCGUGCUGGCGAAUCUAAUCUACCGUUUCGAUUGGAAGCUCCCCGUCGGAACUACCCCCGAGAGUUUGGACAUGGAUGAACAUUUCGGACUUGGAGUGAGAAGAAAACAUAAUUUGUGCUUGAUUCCAGUUGAAUACACUACAAGAAGGUGAGAAGGCCGUUGAGCCGGUGUACUAGAGGGAAGUGCCGUUUGUUUAGUGCUCUUUUGGGUCCAUACCUCUAUAUUAAUAAUGUCUCUAAAGAGCAUCUAAACUAAUUUUGAUGAGAUUUGUGGGAUUUAAUCUAAUUCUCCUACUCCUGUUUUAUUGGCUUAUUGAUUGGUGUGAUUCAUGAGAUCACAUGAAAAAUAUGUUAAUUGUACUGGAAGUGGGUUAAUAUUUUAGAAUGGGUGGAACUUUACUCUAAAUUUAUAUCAUGGACAAUUUUUCUAGAAAUGCUUGUUAUGAUCGGAAUUAUUACUCAAAAUUAUUGAUUUGACCCAACCCUAUAAGGGGUAAGCUAUAAAUUGGUGGUAAGGUACAUGGUUACAACAAACUGAAAUAUAAGAUGAAAAUAGCACACAUAUCAAAUAUGAAACGAGUAAAUAAAAGCACCUAUAAUUG